CUGAUCCAGACGGAAGUAGGAACCAGAGAAAAAUGUUCUGACAUAAAUUUGGACAAGAUACAUUCGUUUUGGCUGGUGAACAACCUAUGUGGAGGAGACAUGGGCUACGAGGUCAACAGGUUCCAGACUGAACCUGAUGAGGAGUUGAUCUGUCCAAUUUGUAGUGGUGUCCUGGAGGAACCUUUGCAGGCACCGCAAUGUGAACAUGCCUUUUGUGGCGCUUGUAUACGCGAAUGGUUGACUCAUCAACCCACAUGUCCGGUCGACCGUAACCCUAUAACGUCCAAUCAGCUCAAGCCAGUUCCACGAAUUCUCCGCAAUCUUCUGUCUCGUUUACAAAUCAACUGUAACAAUUCGUCCUACGGCUGUACAGCUCUAGUCAAACUGGAUAUGCUGUCGUCACAUCUUCAGGAAUGUGAGCAUAACCCUAAGAAACCUGUUCACUGUGAGCUCGGUUGUGGUCUGGUGGUACCAAAAGAUGAACUCAAAGAUCACAAUUGUGUGCGAGAGUUACGGAACCUUGUACAGCAACAGCUAGACAGGAUUGGGGAGAUGCAGACAGAAAUCUCCGAUCACAAACUACAGAUCUGUGAACAAAAACGGGAACUACAGCUGCUCAAGGAAUACAUGCGGUCCAUGAGAGUGUCUAACCCGAGGAUGAGGGAAAUUCAGUCAGAAAUGGAGAAUGCAGAUGUUGUUCGGUGGGCCGCUAGUUUGCAGGCGGCCAGGGUGACUCGUUGGGGUGGCAUGAUAUCAACUCCUGACGCAGUACUCCAAGCUGUCAUCAAGCGUGCCCUGAUUGACAGUGGAUGCCCCUCACACAUCGUAAACGAGCUGAUGGAAAAUGCCCACGAACGUCGGUGGCCCAGUGGACUGAGUACAUUAGAAACACGACAGCUGAAUAGGAGACAGUAUGAAAAUUAUGUCACAAAGAGAAUUCCAGGAAAACAAGCGGUUGUGGUGAUGGCCUGCGAGAACCAACACAUGCCCGAGGAUCUCAUCAUGGAGCCGGGACUUGUAAUGAUAUUUGCUCACGGAGUGGAAUGAGUGUGGAUAGCUUCAAGUGUUCCCUUGGUCAGACCCUAACAAAAAUUCCCUUGCUGCUGGUUGCAUCAGUGAUGUCAUCAGCAAAACUGUGAAGGGUUCUUUGGAGGAUUUAUAGUGUCGAUGAACUAGUGGAUAUCUCUGACAAACUCCUGGCUUAGAGCUCAACCACUUCAAGGAUACAACUUAUUCGUAAAAGAUAUUUGGAUAAAGAAAGACUGACAUCUACAGAAGAACAGGAGAAGAUUGGAUUGUUUUGAAGAUAAUUCUGAUGAAUCAGUGGAUAUCUCCUACUGCUAUAAAUAGGAGUACUACUGGUUCACUGAAGAAGACUCGCACCAAUCAGAAAGUUCCAAUGCUUGUUACAACAAGUCCUUCACUAUCACAUAAAAGAUGUUUUUUAAAGCCCAUGUGUCUUCCAAAAUAUGACACCAUUCCAAGUUUCUUUCAUGUGAUGUGAUAUUUCAGUCCAAUUUCAAAAUUGACCAUUGUAGUUCUGAUGUCAUUCAAAUGCUUUUAACAUCAACUUAUUCCUUGGAGUGAGUGAAGUUCAAAAUAUCACCAAGCUAGUUGUGUUUCAUCUCUUGAACAGCUUACCAUCAUAGCAACCAUUCAUUUUCACUUCUGAGGAUAAUUUUUCUAAAUAUGAUAUUUUGAGUUUCCGAUAUUGUUCAUUGAUGACUCGUAUACAGAGUUCAUCUUAAACAUUCAUGUAUGUGCAGUGCACAGGUCUCUACCAACAAAAACACCCGCUGUUGUCAACAGCGAACAAGUUGGGAUGAUACACAUGGGCAGAGGAACAAAGCGGUGCUGAAUCUCACCUUAAACCUGUGUGUGUGAUAAAUUAUAUACAUAUAUUUAAUAUUGUGACCAGAAUAGGUUUUAAUUUUUAUUUAGAGACCCAAGAAAAUUUCCCUUCACAUUGCUUUCAAUCUGUUCUGUCUUGGUAUGGCUAAUUGUUUGCUGAUUUUAAGUAGGUGAACGUUGGUUUACUUUUGUCACUUUAUGAUAAAUCAUUAUGAUAAAUCAUUUAGCUUAAUUACUUGCACUAAGAGCCGGUUUUACCACAAAUGACAUCCAUCUUCAGUGACUUUCGGACACAAACAUUUUCAUUGUGGGUAAUUCUCAUUAACAGCAGUAGUUCAACUUGUGUUUUAUUUCAUGAAAUAGAAACUUUAUUGAACAGAUUUGGGAAUAACUACAUAACGGCAUAAAUCUAGAAUAUUGAUUGGCUGUUUAUUAGAGGUGCUAUUUUUAGUAUAGUCUUUGAGCUUUGUUUCACAACGGUGAAGUUUUCCUUGGCAGUGGGUUCUGUUUUUUUCUACACUGAUGUCAUUGUCUGUGAGACGGCCUUUGUCAUAAUUUAAUGUGGUCAUCUAAAACAUCUUUCUGUUUGAAGCCAAUUCUGUUGGGAGAAAAUGAGGUAACACAAAAUAUCUUUUUUCUGUUUAAAUUGGGAGCUCUUUAUAUGUACUAUAAAAACUGUUUUCAGUUUAAACUCAAUGGAAACGCCUUCAGAUGUACUAGAUAUUAAAUACAUGUAUACCAUAUAUAUAAACUUUAUUUAUUUUACAACAACUAUGAAACAAGUUAUUUCAACUUA